UGCCAAAAGGAAUCACCGGAUGUGGGUCUUGUUCUCCUUGGUUCACGUGCCCUUCACAUCCCUAGUUCUGACAGAAUAGCAUCCGAUAAUAAUCUAACUAUGGCAGCUCAGGUCACUGAAUCAGAUCAAAUUAAACAGUUUAAAGAAUUUUUGGGCACCUACAACAAACUGACAGAAAACUGCUUUAUGGAUUGUGUAAAAGAUUUCACUACAAGAGAAGUCAAACCAGAAGAGACCACGUGCUCUGAGAGCUGCUUACAGAAGUACCUGAAGAUGACACAGAGGAUCUCCAUGCGUUUCCAGGAAUAUCACAUCCAGCAAAAUGAAGCAUUGGCUGCUAAAGCUGGCUUGUUAGGACAGCCGCGGUAAUCAACUGCUAUUACAAUGGACUCCAAACCAGUACGCCACUCUUUCUGUUUCAGUGUGGAGAAGGGGUCUCCAAACUGGACCCCGCAGAGGACAGAGAGACAUGGGUGAAGGCGUGAGAAGUCCUCAUAGCUCCAUCACAUCUUCACAUAACGGGAUUGAGGGGGUUUCCUUUCAAAAAGGACGGAUACUCAAAUAUUGAUGGAUGCAGAUACUGAUUUGUUGACAUGCUACAAAAUAUUAUCACUUAUUGAGUUUAUUACUGAAUGUAAUUUAACUGAAGAAAUAAACAUGUUUAGGAAAGGUGAACUUUAACGUUUGCAUUACGCACUCAAUGCAAGAUUUUACUUUGGAGUAAAUGUGUGGCAUGAAAUUUCUGCUUUAAUUCAAGCUAAUAAAGACAACGUGAUGAAUCAGAA